UGCAUCUCCGUAUUCAUACGGAUCCUAACGAUCGUGUCCGCAAAGGAUUAGAUAUGUCACGUUCCCAAAUCAACCACGGCAGAACCAAACACAUAGUACUAUAUAGAGACGCCGGGUCUCUCACAGUAACCUCUUGCCAUAUGGUUUCACCUCGCUCAUUACAGAUGAGGGGAUGUUCAUCACCGGCAAGAUAACAAGUCGCCUGGUUGGAGCAGCUCCGAACUCCAACGGUUAACAAGCCUUCAGCGUCAUCAAGGGAGACUACAUGCAGCAUACAUACCGCAAGUUUGAUCUCCCCAGCCCCGCAUUCCGUGUAGCACUUUAUAAAAUGCCGGCAUUCCUUUGCAAAGCCUCUUAUCCAGCGGUCAACGCACCUUAAUCGUACAAAAUUCUCAACAGCUCUCAUCCAGUUCCUGCUUAACAUACCGAUCGUACUCUCACUUACCCUCAACACCAUCGAACAUGUCCGUCGCUGUCCAGCAAGUGUCUCAUCUAGACCAUUUAGAUGACCAGAUCGUCGCCCUAGCUCUACAGCUAGAGGAGAUCAACUUCCGUGAAGAAACUAACAAGGCGAAGUAUCCUGUUGACGAAGUACCGGAUCUCGAGGUUGCGUACGCCAAUUAUCUUGCCGAGAUCGAAGUUCACCUAGCAUUCUUGAAGGAUGUCAAAUUUGCUCAUAGCAUUGCCAAUGCUGUUGAUGCGGAUGCUCAGGCCAUUGCAGACAUCACGCAAACCGAAGCCCAGGCUCAUGAAGAUCGUCGUGUGGCGGUCCAGAUGAGUAGUGAUGACCCUGAGCUCGAGGCACCUCCUGCAUAUACCGAGGAAGUGCGUAAUGAAUUCCUUGAAGGCGAGGUCGUGCGUCGCUUUGCUGCACUUCUCACUUCCGACGACGAUCUUUACGAAAGUCCAGAGAGUGUAGCUGGACCGUCUGUUCCCUACGCUCAGCGUCAGGCGGAUGCCCUGGGAAUAUUAGCCCGCCCAACAUUUGAAUGUACGGCUUGUUCGAAUGAUUUUCGGUUGACCGAUAUCAGGCAACUCAAGUGUGAGCACCAGUACUGCGACCCUUGCCUCAAGCGAUUCAUCAUGCGCGGCGUGGUGAAUCACAACCUUGCGUAUAUACCACCUCGGUGCUGUGGCGAUGCCAUCUCUCCUGCUCUUAUUAUUAGCAGCCUGGCCAGCGAAGAAAUGGAAGACUUUCAAAACGCCGAGAUCGAGAAGAGAACUCGAGACAAGAAAUACUGCAGCAACUCCAAGUGCGGCAGGUUUAUUGCUCCUAUCCAUAUCGUGGCUGGAGAAGCGACUUGUCCCCGUUGCAAAGCCAAAACUUGCGCUACGUGCACGAACCCAAGUCAUGAGGAUGACUGUCCAGCCGCCUCAGAACUUCAGGCUACCUUGGAGCUUGGGGCGGAGAAGCAGUGGUGCCGCUGCUUCUCCUGUCGCUCCUUAGUUGCCAUUGAUACAGGUUGCAAUCACAUGACGUGCCUAUGCGGCGCAGAAUUUUGCUACCUCUGCGGUAUUGAAUGGACCAACCCUGGUCAGUGCAACUGCACCUUUUGGAAUGAGGAAAAUCUCAUUAGGCGUGCCCGGCAAGUUGUCGACAGAGCAGCACCUCAAUAUCUCCCUCCCGCUGAACGUCAGCGCCGUGUUGCCGAAGUUCAGGAGCAGCUUCGCGACACCGAUGACUGCGAGCACCGUGGCCGUAGGAAGUUUGAGCGCAUCAUUGGGGGAAGGCGUACCAGGUUUCAGUGCGAGAUGUGCAAUGAGGUGCACAGGAAUUUUAUCCUCAGGUGCCGUCGUUGCCAAUUGGAUGUGUGCAUGGAUUGUCGCUUGCACCGUGUCUGACAAAUAUUCUCAGUCUAAGAUUUUUCUC